GCUGCUUGUUGGUGCCAAUUUGUUGCUGUGCACUUCAGUGGACUUUCUUAUUCGUCGUACCGAAACCCUUGUCUCCCCUCUGAUGCUGAGAGGAAAGUCUAAAUGGUAUAUUUCAGUUUGUCCACAUCACUCAUCCUUUAUCACAGGCGGAUACAGAUGUCCGUAUUCUACGGGAUGUGGAAACCUGUGUAGAUGACUCGCCGCCGGUUUGCUUGGUUCCGCUGGUGCACAACAAACUAGUCUCUCAACGGUCACCUGAUAGAUGCACUCACCGGAGUCUCGGCAACGCGUGCGAUAAAGCCCCUGCAACGACCAGUGACAUGUCACCAACAGUUCUACAGGCAACACCUGAGUUGACUAUCACUCUCCACGCUUCCGCAACGGAGUCUAUGGCGCCUGUUGCUGAGUCUAAGGAGCAGCAGUCUCCUGAACAAAGUGUUUUGGAUUCCGUGAACAAAGAUGCGGUAAUCGAACAAACAAAGGAACUGACCAGUUGUAUAGAUUCUGCGGCUGUUACUCCUGAAACUGCUGAAGUCGGUCGGAAACCUGUUGUGUUGGCGUCACUGGAUAAUCUGAGGGUUGUCGAAGGGUGCCCUUCACAAUCUGAAGCUGCAGUAAAUCCACUGGCUCCUUCUAAUGAUGACUUGUCCACCGCCGAUCACCCAGAAACAUGUGAUCAGGUCAGAUUUCCUAACUUACCGGAGACGGCCGAACAUGAUGAAGAUGACGAUUUUGAUCUCGAAGACAGGCCAUUAACGGUAGAUGUUUCUCUUGCACCGGACAUAACUCCUGAAGAAACGAUCAUACCUGCCACAGAGCGCGAAACGCAGAAUGUAGUCACUGCGGAACCUGUCUGUACGACGUCCGUGUCUGGUCUGACCUCGUUAUCGUCUGCUCACCCGGUACCGAACCAACCCACCGAGGAUAUAGUAGCAUCGACUAACGGCCAAUCUGAUGAUUGUCAACCGGACCCCGGAAGCACGAUUGCGGAAGUAUCAACUCCACUUCCUUCCCCUUCAAAUCGUAAUCAUCUCGUUGCGUCUGAAGUGUUACUGCCGGAAACACCACCGAACUCUACAAUCACCAAUACUAUCACGGUCGGUAGCCCGCCGCAGCAGAACGGUGUUGAUCUUUCGUAUCCCACCGUCUCUCUCACAAAUAAGGCUGAGACCUCAGUUGUUUUUGUGACGUGCCUACAACCAUUUACCACACCAAUCACUAGCGUUUUGGAUAUUCGACCUAAACCAACCACUCCUCAACCAACCAUGCUUCCAGUCGCGUCCUCUGCGACUCCGGCUGUGGCCAGUUCUUCGACAGCUCUCCUAACGUCCCAACCGAACACUGCACAGAUGAUGUCUUUUGCAACUGGAACAGGUGUCUCGAGUUCAGGUGUUCCUCUUAAUAGUCUCCCUGUAACAGCGACUGCACUUCCUCUUCCCGGAUCUGGAGUCGGUUCUGGGAGUACUCUUCAGUUUCUCAAUAUGACCCCGGUGCCUCAGUUUCUGGGGGCCCCAGGGAUUGUCUUGCACUCUGCUGGUGCUCCAACUUUCCAAUCCGCUGCAACGCCUCUGUUACCGGGCCUAUCUACACCUGGUUUGGGAGCUGGAACUGCCUUAAACUUUCUACAGCCAGGUAACCAACCAUUUACCACUAUGCUGCAGCCGCCCAUGGGGACUGGAGGAGAUUUUCUUUUCGAUGCGUCACUUGGAUUGUCUCAUCAGAUUGUCCCCACCAGCUCGAUUGCUCUUUUCAGUCCAGUGAGCUGCUGUUCAUCGAUGGUGGAAUCAUACGCACCCACUCAUCUUUCUCCAUUCUAUCCUACACUGGUUCAGCCACCGCACAAUCCAUCGCUGUUACCCACUUCAACGUCUGUGUUUAUCCCACCAAACUAUAGACCUCCGUCAACCGUAGUGACGAAUCUGGUCAAUGCAACUACCUCCCAAAUGGCCACUUCUAUGAGUGGAAGUGCUGGAUCGAAUAUUUUUCCCGCCCCAACAUUAUCCCUCGCUGGUAAUCCGUCGGUUGGGUCUAAUAGUCUGUUUCUCCAAACCGCACCGGCGCCUCUCAUAUCGCCACCAUUUGGUCCCGGCACAACACCGCUAUUUCAAUGUCCGUUUUCUUCAUACUCAAUCCCGUUACAAGGAUCCGCAGAAGCUUGUCUCCCGAGCACAGUUGCAGCAAGUUUGACCACAAAAACCACAUCAAUCUAUCGUAUUGAUGAUCUAAACAUUGCGCCACCCUCAGGGGUCUCUGUGCUUCCUCCUUUAUGGACUGCUCCAUCGACGCUUCCGACUUUAUGUCCCACCCCUCAGCCUGCCCCUACAGCACCCUCCGUGCCGAUCGCAUCAUCUUCAUCUGGCGUUGUGAAUAUUGCCCCCUUACUGCCUCAACCACCGACUUUACAGCCGUGCCCUGCGGUUUCCAAACAGUUGAGGAGAUUUCAAACACCCAACCUCUCGGGACGUAGCGCUCAACCAACCAUGCGGGCCGGCGGAGCUGCUACCAGCGUAACCAAUGUUCUCCCCAAAACCACUUCUCUGUCGAGCACCAGUCGACCAGCAGGCAAUGUGGGGAUCGUAAUGCCGAAUUCGACGACAGUCCUGCCACCCAUUCGUCGACGUCGUCCGCUUUUACAUCCGGUGAAAUCUAAACAACCGCCCGUUGGGUUGCAGCUCUCAGCUGGUCCCGGUUUACCUUCUGAUGGGGAAAACCAGUCUACAACUGUUGGACUCGUUGGUCCUGCUAGUGGGACUCCGAAUAGUACACCUACAGAUACCGCUCGGAUUCACCUGUCCACCGAUAUUAGCGCCUCCAGUCUGUUUACCAACUCUGGAGAGGCUAUUCCCGCGGACCAUUCGCCAUCAAAGUGCUCAUCUUCUGUCAGUCCCGUUUCGGUCCGUACGUCACCGGUUCUCUCGACCUCCGCUCGACACCAUUCAGGGUCGGCGGCCCCGCCAAAUGAAUCAGCCCAAUCACCGAUUCAGGAAGAGCCGAAUGCCACCUUCCUAUCGCAUCACAGCCAAGCGAAUGAAUCUUUCGAUCCAUCGGGCUCUUCAAGGACCGCAUCUUCACCAUUGAAAACUUCGCUACCUUCUCCACAACAAUCACCCAUAGGAGCAACCCACCGUUCAUCCAAUUCAGUGAUCUCUUCCUCCACGCGUUCCUCAUCGGGCUGCAACUCAUCGUCCACUUCACCGGCUAAUCAGCGCAAAGGUCCUUCACCUGUAGCAUCACCGAGCACUUCGUAUCUUCCCAAAAUGUCCAUCGUAAAUCACGAGAAUGUGGAACUUCACUCUUCUCUAGAGCGUCUUGGUAUGUCUUUUAAGUCGGCCACACAUGGCAUUUAUCGGGGCGGCAGCACGACUCCUCUAGAGGCCACUGGACUGCUUCCUGUUCACCGAAAAUCUUCCACAGCUUCUGCACAAGGUGGCUCGCAAAAGAUGCCGCCUCCUUUGCUCCAUCAUGGCCCAGAGGGACUGCGGAUCUGGAUGCACGUCGUGGGUGGACACGUGAUCUACGAGAGCAAUAAACCGUUCCCGGUUAAAAACGGCAUGUCAGUUGUCGAAGCAGCUCUUCUAAACGAAUGUCUGAACGAAGAGAAAGAGGUUGUGCGUGAUACAGUUUCCCCGCAUAGAAGGACAAAUGAGCCAAAUAUUCCAGUUCUCAACGGGCACGAGCCGAUGCAACUAGAAAGCGAGUUAGAGGAACGGAAGUCAUCGGUUUCAUUGUCCGACAACAAGAGCGACAUAUCAAAUAAGUGCCUCACCGGUUCUGUUGAGACCAAUGGCAAACUACAACCAACAAUUUUCGAGCGGUUGAGCAACGGACCAUCGACCAUGGUGGAAACGGAACCUCUGAAAACAAACGGUCCUGAAUUCACCUCGAAACCCUCAAAGAGCACAGAUGAAACGCUUGCCCUGUCACAUGGAGUUCAGGUGACCUCAGAUACCGGUUUUCCCAUUCACACAGUUGGUGCUUCGGGUGAUCAGAUGUUUUCAAGAGGGAUCAACUCGGUUUCAGCAAUACGGGUGCCCACACCUGCGAUGCCGUCCUCCGUCUCCACUGCUCCGUCUUUAACUGAUGCUGCUAGUUCCUCCGCCCCUGCAUUCGCACAAACACACCCGUCCUGCUUGUUUCCGUUCGCACAACACUCCCACACGCCUCAGUUGCCUACUCCUCCGCCUCCUGGUCCCGUACGCAAGUGGACUCCGGAGGAUGUGGUCGCUUUCGUCCAGGGAACCCCAGGAUGUGCAGCAUACGCAUCGGCCUUUCUUACAAACGAAAUAGACGGUGAGGCACUGCUACUUUUGGCCAAAGAUCAAUUUAUCCACCCACCAAUAGGAAUGAAGAUUGGACCGGCUCUAAAACUGGCGGCGCGGCUUGAAUCGAUUCGCCAUAUUAAUUAGCACAAAAAGCCAAUGUGCACGGAAUCCUGUUCCUGGGGACUGUAUUCCCCCUCCAUGUGCUCAUUGUGACCACAACAACCUCAUCAUCAACGGAUGCAUUUAGGGCGGUGUUUCGCACCCAACUACCGUUUGCACCUGACAUUUUUUGUACAUACAACUUCGAACGGCUCUCACUGAGUUCGCCUUCUCAACCGUUUGCCACAGACAGUAGACAGAGCCGUUGUUUUCCCUUUGUUUCGUUCCAGAUAUGUUUUUUCCCAUUGGUUGGUUGUCCAACAUAUUCCUCGGACUCA